AUGGCAUCUCCCUUGGAGCAGGCGCUGGCUGUGAUGGUCAGCACCUUCCACAAGCACUCGGGGAAGGAGGGGGACAAGUACAAGCUCAGCAAGGCAGAGCUCAAGGAGCUGCUCAUGAAGGAGCUGCCCAGCUUCAGUCAGAGACAAACCAGCGAGGCCAGCUUACAGCAGCUCAUGAACCAUCUGGACAGCAACAGUGACAGCGAGGUGGAUUUCCAAGAGUACGUGACCUUCCUGGCCUGCAUGGCCAUGAUGUGCAACGACUUCUUCCAGGACUACCCCGACAAGAUGCCACGCAAGAAGUGA